CAACACAUGACGAACACAGUCACGACUUCCACCGACUUGGCACACCCACCGUCCAACACAACACCAUCAAAUCGUCUUGGUUCUGUAGACCGGCCUACGUGUGAUGUGCGCCCGUAUGGGACGCGACCAGUCGCACCAAAACACUAAGCCCGCCAGGGGAAUGAACAAUGCGCCGAUAGUUUCGAAGGCCAGGUCGUAUCGGAAGUGCGCUAUUUGGAUGAGCGAUGCCGCAAUGGCCGGGCCAAACAAUAGCCCCAAAUUGAAGAACUGACCCAUCUGCACACAGCACACACACACACACACAGAGAGAGAGAGAGAGAGAGACAUACACACUGUCUGCGUCAGAUGUGUUAUGAUUGGCUCACAAUAGCGAAGGCCUUUCCCUCUCCGCGGACCACCACUUGUUCGUCCAUCCACUGACCUGAACGAGCACACCACACGGACGUGACACAUCCCCCUCUGCCCCUCCCUGUCUCUCUGUUGGUUCCCUGCCUGCGGCAGCUGUCGUGAUUGUGUCGAGUGCGCCGAAGGGGACGCCGUAGAUGGAGAGGGCGGCCACCUGGGAGGCCGGCAGGGCAGCCGCCCCGAGUGUGCUGCCCAGCCACACUAAAGUGCCCGCACACCACAGCACCAUCAUGCCUAUCAGCAGCAGCGGGCGGACGCCACAACGAUCGACCAAAUAUCCCGCAGAAGGCCCCGAGACCGCCUUGAGGACUAGCAUCGGGACAAACAGCUCGCCCAUCCUGCUGGCAGAGAGCUGGUAUUUCUUGCUCCACAGCAAAGGCAGCAGGGCGGUGCAUGCGGACGCGCCCAUCCAGCCAGAGGCGAGACUGAGUAAGAUGGUGAGGAACGAGGGGUAGGUCAGGAGGUAGUAGCCUUCUCCAGCUUGGCUGGCGUCGCCGUCGGGGGGUGAUUCUUCCUGCUGAUCAACGCUAGCCGGCAAAGGCAGAUCGACACUCUGCCUGCGUGGCAGACACACACAGAUGGUUUAAAAUCAGGACAGGACAUGCCCACUCACGAGAAGCAUGCCCACCCUCUCGGCCUUCCGGCCUCGUCUCUGGCCGGUCGUGGUGUGGGGGGCGGGAGGCCGCAAUACCCCAACACCGCCACGACCAGCACGGAGAUGACAGAUGCGAUCAGACAUACGGACCACGCCAAUUUCGACCCGCCGUAGUCAUAAAGGACGCCCCCUAUUGCCGGCCCAGCGAGACCACCAGCCUCUGCACAGAACAGAAAGGAGGAAGAGGCAAAGCAGGAAGAUUGCUGUGUGUGUCGUGGCUGUGUGUACCUAACCUACCCCCUAGAAAUGCGAGGCCGACAGCUCGUGCUCUGGUGAAGUCGUCGUGUGUUUUCACCAGCCCUCCGACGCUCGCUGGAAAGAACAAAGACGAUGCGAAGCCCUGAAGGAAUGGAUGAAUGACACAAAUAAAUGGCCACAAAGAUCUCACGAUUCCUGAUGAAUGGCGGCCGCCGCCGCCGCCAUGUUGCACAUUUGGAUACCUCGACCAGUCUGGAUGAGAGGUAGAGGGAAGCGAAUCCUGCAUGGACGGGGCGAAUCAAGGCAAGGCACCCCAACCAACCAACCAGCCAUUGCAAAUGGACCAGACAGGCUAUUCCGCCCCUGUCUGUGUGUGUCCCUCCACCCAAUGGCAUGUGAUGUGUGCUGACUUGGAUGAUUACGAGGGUGCAGGAGACCACAUAGCAGCCGCUAGCAAUCACCAUCCCAAACCACCAAGACGUUUUGUCCACCAGUAUCCCGGCCACAGGGCACAGGACAAGUGCCACGAUGGGCCUCGCCACCAGGACCGAAGAGUGCGUGACGGGGCUGAGGUGCGCAAGGGUCUUGGGCAGCAAUAUCACCAUGACGGACUGCAAGAGAAUGUCCACCAGGCAUAGCAGUGCCACAGAGAAGACCAAUCCCAGAUGCAGCACCGCCAUCGCCUGUCG